AUAGUGGUGGGGGUUUCAUUGUAGGGCAGCGGGAAGGUUGGAACGAAACUCUUCAGUCUUGACGAAGCCAUCGUUCGCGUAACGUCCUCGAGAACGCAUGGAUAUAACGUACCUCAGUGCCAGCGACACCGUGCGGUAUCCACUCAAACUACUCACUAUGCCUUCGAACGCUUCAGGAGGGAUCGUCUUCCCGCCAGCUCACUCUAGAACUUAAAACUGUUGUUCUUUUGUUUUGUUUUUAUUAAUUUUGAGAAACGUGGUAGUGUGUUUCAUUUAGCCGUUGUUAUUUACUACAAUUGUAUUAUUUUCUACUAUAAAAAUCUUAGUGUUUUUCUUUUUUUAAAAAAAAACUCUGGUGCGUUGAGAGAUAUAUUUUAAUAUAUAUAUAUUCUGCAUCGGAUAACAACGACAAUUAUGGAUCACAACGAUUCAUCGCAUAUUUCCGAAGUUGUUAACAGAACAUUGGUUCCGCUUUUGGUGAACUAUAUGCCCGCAGUUGUAACUGCUCUAGUGGCCUGGAUUACAUUAAUUCAGAUCUACUUCGGCAAAAGGGACGAGGCAGCUCUAACUGACGAAAGUAAGAAAUAUUCUUUUUAUGUGUCAUCUUUCUUUUUUAUAUAAAAAGAAAAAAUUAAAUCUUUUUUAUUUCAUUUUUUUUUUUUUAAAUAAAUCGACAUUUUCUCUCAUUCCAUUUAAAAUAUAACCUCAUUUUUCACCUUCCCUUUGUUAAAAAUCAUCUCGAGUGACUCAGUAUGAGGCACUUGUUUUUGGGUUCGGACGUGUUUGACGAAAAUGAAUUUGUUUAUAUUGGACUUAAAAUUAGGUACAAAGACUAAUUCUGGGCAUUGCUGUUCGUAUGGUUUCAGACACGUAAGGUUAUAAAUAUCGCGAAGUGUGAUUUAAAUAGGGUGCUUUAAAAAAUGUACAUACAAUCGCUUCUCCGAUGAAAGUCAAAUGAUAGGAUUUGAAAUGAAAAUCCAUCACUUUGACGCAGUGGCAGAUUACUCAUAUAUAUUUAAGCCAAAUGAAGCGCCUGAACAGAAAAUAGACCGGAAGCCUAUUGUUGCAUCCGUCAAUAAAACUGCGAAGAAAAAGCAGCACUCGGAGAAAUGGAGCCGAGACCCCAAACAAAACUAUUCCCAUGAGUGGCUAUUAGACCCAAAUGAUGCCAUACUUAAUAUGGAGUUCAGUGCUAAUGGCAAAUUCCUCGCCACAUGUGCUGAUGAUGAUCCUGGUGGAACAAGUGGAAGCUCAAGCAGCAGUGAAGCUAACAAAGAGAAUAACAGCCCUGGUAGGUUGACCAGAAGACAGAAGAAGAAUAGGGUGAGGAAGGAAGACACCUCGCCGCUGAAAAAGAAAGUAAAGAGAGAUAUGAGAAAGAAGGGUAGGCAUGAAGACCCCUAUCCUUUGAAACAGUACAUUAAACUGAAUUUAAACGAUACCGACGUCUUCUAUACCCUGAGGAACUAUACUCUUUCGGCUGAAGACAUGAUGACUUUGGGAUAUCCGGUAGAGAGUAAGUUGUAUCCAGGAAGGGCAAUGAUUUAUAGAGCAGGAGCUCUUGAUGCAAACGCUAAAGAAUUCGUCCCUAGAGAUGAGUCCGUAUAUACCUCUCUCUUGGUCCAAAAUUCUGAUCAGUUCGGAAAAAGGCAAGAAUUCCACAUCAAAAGGAACAAUGGAAUUACCUCGGAAGAAAAAAAGUGUGUGAGAUGUAAUAAAGGUUUUUUCAUGUCAAGUGAUGGAGAAUAUCUGACACAGGAACAUUGCAACUACCAUUGGGGCAAACUGCACAGCCCACCUUCAGGGGGCAUCGAGUGGUUUUAUUCAUGUUGUAAAGGCCGUCAAGGGACUAAAGGAUGUACGACGGCUAAACUGCAUGUUUGGAGUGGAGUGGAACCCGGAAGGAACGGGCCAUUUGAUGGAUACGUGAGAACUAGACAAAGGAAGACACCUCCGCAAGAUGGUAAUUAUGGUGUUUAUUCUCUCGACUGUGAAAUGUGCUUCACAAACACUGGACUUGAACUGACGAAAAUUAGUGUUGUGAGCUUAGACGGAAAGCCGGUGUAUGAAACUUUCGUUCGUCCUGAAAGUUUUAUAAUCGAUUAUAACACAAGGUUUUCUGGCAUUACGGCCAAGGAUAUGUCGAGAAAUAGUAAAGUGAAAACCCUUAAGGAUGUGCAAAACGAUCUAAUGGGUUUCAUUACAGCUGAUACGAUACUUGUCGGACACGGUCUCGAAAAUGAUCUACGUGCUUUACGAAUGAUUCACUAUACAGUCGUUGAUACUGCCGUAGUGUUUCCGCAUAUUCUUGGCCUACCAUAUAAACGAUCGUUGAAGUCACUUACUCACUCCUACCUUCGUAAAGACAUUCAGGUGGGGACUCAUGAUAGUUACGAAGAUGCAUGCUCUUGUUUGGAGCUCAUUCUGUGGAAACUAAGGAAGGAUCUACUCCGAAACAACGACAAAUGAUCUCAAAAAUUUUCUGCAUUGAGAGAAUAUUUGGUGUGAUAAGUUCCUAUAAAGACUGCAGUGAGGAUUGUGAUAAAAUAUUGAGUCGUUAAUUGUUCUCGAACAGUCGUGAGGGAGAUUAGUCAUAAUUUUUGUACUUUAAAAAUACAUUUGUGUUCUACCACAUGCAUUUUCUCUUUUAUCCUAAGUAAUUGUCAUAUUCACUCGUAUUUAUUAUUAAAUAUUUUUGAUAUAACUUUC